UGCCCGUCAAGAGCGUCGAAUGGACCCAGACGGCAAAGCAUUUUUUUUUUUGCGCGCUCCGAGUUGUCACACGCAGCGUUACUCGGGCCGUGCGUGUCUCGCCGUUGCGUCUCGACGUGCCGGUUUGAUUGCGUCCCGUGCGACUAGUUUUGAAGACACGCUCCGGUGAGCGGUCAUUGCCUUUCUGCGCGCAAGAGAGAGAGAGAGGAACGAGCGUGCGUCCUCCGAGAAGAGCUUUCGCUGUUUUUCCCGUGGCUGUUAGUCUGUAGUGGAUUUUUUUUGGAAGGGGGGGGGAUUAUCCUUUUUUCUUCUGGGGAAGCUAUCCAAGCUGCAUCUUCACCGGGUGCAAUAAAACAAAAAGGGUGGGUUUUAUUUAUUAACUUUGGACAUUUAUACACGGGGGGGGGGGCUGGGGGAGAUUAGCGCAGCUACCUUAAACAUGAGAAGUGUACGCGUGUGGUCGUCUCUUUUUUGUUGCAGUCACCUACUGCUCUGCGUGCUCCUUUGCAAUGGUCCUUUGGAAAAAUGUGCUGCUGGAAAUAACAAUGAACAUUCAUUUACAGAAUACCCGCUAAACUACAAACUGAUAGGUUUGGAGUCUGCAUUCUUAGUCAAGGACUUGAGGGGACAUGAUACAGCGUUCAAUUUCAGCCAAAAGUCGUUGACCCAACCGUUUCUACUUCUUGGCACGACAAAUGCCAAUUGUGGAAUAGGUGUCAGCCAUGGUGCACUUUCGUCCUGGCAAAGUCUGCACGAAGACAACAUCGGAGCCGGCGGCCCCACGCCGCUGCUGUCACAAAUCCCGAAUGCAAAGUGGAGGGUUGAAGCCUUCGUAGCCGAAAAGGACAAAAUGUCCGACGCACCAAAUGUCCAAGUUUUGUUUUACGUGACUGGGAUCGAUUGGAAUGACAAAGACGCGACAAACAAACUUCCCUGUGUUAGACUUUACGCGGUUUAUGGCACUCAAGAGGUGAGGGCGUCAUGUCAUCUCCAGGGUGAACUAGGAAUGUGCUUGGCUGAGGCAGAGCUGCCUUCAAAUUGGUUUAACCUGACGGAUCAAGCAAAUAGCAAUACCGGUGAUGAAGAUUUAAUUACGCGGCCCUUGGUUAAGUCUCCGAUGUUUCCUUUCGACUCUUCUCUUGUUAAUUUGUAUUACACCCUUCAUCCGGCCAUAAAGCAAUACGCCUGCACUACUGAAAAUAAUUAUGAUGAAGGAUCAAGAACAGCAAAUGGUGAAUGGAAAAAUAGUCAUCGUAAUUGGAUAACCACCAUUAAGCUGUAUUCCUCGUCGUCGCACAGAGCAAGGCUUGAAGUGAGGCUCGAUUCGAAUCUGCUUAUUUAUUUGCCAACCAAAGCCAUCACACACGGACAACACAUCAACAUUCCACUGCUCCUCAUGAGAAAUUCCACAGUGAAGGACUUUGUUCUCAGAGUGAAAGGGAAGAAAGGGAUGACCCUGCAAGCGGUUGAAUCGAGCAACCCUGGUGUCUGGGAUGCAGCUAUGGACGACGAUGGGGGAAACAAACACACGACGAUCAGGAUUCAGCUCCACAAGAGAGGGAGCCCGACGGAAACCAACAGCACGGGAGCAGAGGAGAUUGCACAGCUGAUGUUUGAGAUCAGUAGUGUGAGCAGCCUAUCCGCCACACGCCGAAUCCUCUGGCAGGUGGACUACGUUGACAAGUCCGUGACAACGGGACAAGUCUAUGUCACAACUGAGCUCACAGUGACUCAGAAAGACAUUUUUGCCAUCUUGCCUAUUGCAGAGUCCCCUGAGCUGGUGAAUACUGCACUCCUGACAGGUCGCCCGGUGACGAUCCCUUUAAGAGUUGUUGCCGUUGAAGCCAAUGGACAGGUGUCAGACGUUUCCCAGCGAGCUCGCUGCCAUUCAGGUGACGUUGACGUCAUUAAGGUUUCCCCAGCCUGCCAGUACGUGUACGUGCAGGGAAACGAGAGCAGAGGCUCAGUGCGGGCUCGAAUCCAAGUCAGUUACGAGCACCUGCGCUCCUCCAUAGAUCUUGCAGUGUGGCUUCCCAGGCUGCCUUUGCGAAUACAGCUCUCCGACACCGAGCUUAGCCUCGUAAGGGGCUGGAAUAUACCACUGUCCAGACAUUUAAAGGGUGGCACUCAAGGGCAGGCGUGCACCCCACAGCGCCAGCACGCCUCCGUGCGGGUGUUGACGCGGUUCUACACGGAGAGUGCCGAUGACACGGAUCAUGUGUCCACGUUGCCUGGAGCCGAUUGGCUGGCCGACGUAACCCACCUGGUGCGCAACAACCUGUGGGUGCUCGACGGACGAGUGGCCAAGCUGCGCGAAGGCACGGUGCUGAAGGGCCUCGAACCCGGCUCAACCAUCAUUCAGGUUCUGUCACCUGUGUCUGGCGGCGUGCUGGGGGAGCACGCGGUGACGGUGAGCGAGGAGAAGGUCUCCGUGAGCGGGCUGCACGUGACGCUGCUCUCGGGCCUCUCCCUGUCUCUGCGGCCCAGCAGCAGCGAGCCGGGCGUCGUCGUCGCCAGCACCACCGCGCAACACGGCCUGCACUCGCUCAAGCAGAAAGCAUCUCUGCUCAUCUGGGUAGAAUUUGAAGACAACACGAUGGUGCCACUGAGCCUCUUCAGCACAAAGGACUAUAAUCUUACCAUCAACAACGUAGACAGACGAGCAGCAUCUAUCAAUGCAGAAAAUCUGUCUUGGGAACCAAUUUUCCAAGCCAAAUGGGAUGGAAAUGAAAAACCGAUUCAAGUGGUGCUGCAAAAUCCACAGCCCUGUUGGGAUGACGAUGCUGAAUCCGCUAUGUUCUCGACGUCUGUCGAAGUCCUCGUGAAAUUUGGUCAAAAGAGAGAAGAGGGGGAGGAAGGAGGUGCGAGCAAAACUCCAGACGCCGGCAAAAAUCAAUACGUUAAGAACGUCAGCCAAAUCAGCGCGUCCUCCACGGCGAUUGGAGCGAAGACUCAAACGGAGAUUGUGAAAGCGGCCAGGGACGGCUCGCGGCACACGGCAGGUCCCAGGGGACAUGGAGGGAAGGAGAGCGUCAGCGACGGAGGUGCUAUCGGCCCGGCACAACACGGCAGCAAUGGCUCAUCUGAGAAAAAGCCGAGAGGCCUCUCCGAUAUCCAGAUUGGAAUGUACACCUUACUGACAGUAUUCUGCAUCGCCAUCCUGAUGUUUCUGAUCAACUGCUUAAUAUACGCGGUGAAGUACAGGCGCAAGCGUGUCCACCUGGGGAGUCAAGAGGUCGCUCACAGCCACGAAUGGAUCUGCCUCAGGGACAGCCAGGAAUCGGCCGUCAGUACUCUAAACAAGGACACCGACUCACAGCUUGCCAAGCAGAAGCAUAAAUACGUGGGGGGUCCACAGGUGUACCUCCAGGCCAGCGAGAAAGUGUCGACCGAGGCGUACGUGAUGCAGGGGGAAUGCAGGAGCGGCAUACCUCGUACUUCUCCUCUUCGGAAGAAUUCCAUAUUUACAACAAUCUGGGUGACGAGCAACAGCAGUAAGGCACAGGCGACUGCUAGCCCUUCUCGUUCUGCCAGAGAUGAGAGCGCGUUAUCAUAUUCCCGUGACGUUUGUUGAUAGUAACAAAUAUAUCUGUAGGAUACAACCGAACAAAAAUACGUGACGUGGCAUGAGAGAACUUUUGGAUUUUUUGGUGAUGUAUCAUAAUCAGCUUGUAAAAUAGUAAGAUAAUGGGCAACAUUAACCAGCUGUUGUAGUAUGUGUAUAAAAUUACAAUUUGCAAAAGUAACAUUGUCAUCUGUGAUAAGCUUCUCUAAACUCUACAAAUGAUAUCAAGGAUUACUACGUACAAAUCUCGGCACACAGUUAAACAUGCACAUUUAUCCGUAAAGGUGUGUAAUGUACAUCGCUAUUUGCACGAAUUUAAGCUUUAAUGAUCCGUUUUUUUGAAGUAAAUGCUGUUUUCAUUGAUGUUGAUUUUAGUUUAGCAUACUGAAAUAAAUGUUUGCCUGUUACAUUCCUUUACA